AUGAAACUGGAUAACUAUUGUGAUAGCAAUUACAUCUAUCCCAUAUUGGGUAGCCUCCUCGGUGUCGAUACGUCAAACACCAGUCACAAUAACAACAACAACAACGGCGACAACAGUAACGAACAAUCACCAAAUAAUUCCAAUAAUGAUCUCUUUCAUAGCUAUGGCUAUUUAAAUAAUAACACCGCCGCCGCCAGUAAUCUCUUGGAACGCGAUGACUAUAUGCAAUGCAAACACUGCAAACGUUUCUACAAGUCCAUGCAAAAGCUGCAGGAACAUGUUCGCAAAUACUGCCUCAAAGAGAAAAAAUACAAAUGUGUAUCGUGUGAAUAUCGUUCACGACGCAAGGAUCAUGUGCUGCGUCAUGCCAAACGUAAACACUGUGAACUGUACGAACAGUACCGGGAUGAUGAGGAUGCUUUGUUUGUCAUACGCACCGAGGAUGAUGGUGAGGACGGGGCAAUGGGUGCCCGUUAUGAUACCGAUGUUGACUAUGAUGCCAUGGAAGAUUAUUUGGUGCCGUCGGUGACAAUGGGCAUUGGUAGUGGCAGUGUGGUCAGUGGCAAUGGUGGCGGGGGAAAUAACAUGGAGGCAAUGGGUUUUAAAUUCGGUUGUCGUGAUCUAACCAUUACCGCGGUGCCCAUUAUGCAGGAGAGUGAAGACGAUGAUGAUGAUUACGAUGAAGAUGAUUAA